AUGACUAAAAUUUUAAGAUUUCCUUAUCAAGAAGCUAAGCCAAUGGCUUCCAAGAAUCAAGACGAAAGUCCUUCAGGAAAGGUUCUGUUUAGUGAGUUCUAUAACCCUGAAGAAGAAUACCAUCCCUUACAAAGAAUCCCAACUCCAUAUCCUACAGAUGGCCCUAGGAAUGAUAUCAACAUUGCAUCAGAGUUAAAUAAUCUGGAAGAAGAAUUUCCUUCAAUUAGUAGUAAACCAGUACCAAAAGCUGCAUUUGCUCACAUAUAUGCAGAGGAUCAUUCACGAGAACUGUCAACGAGGAAUUCUGGACCAAGAAGGUCUACUAGCGACUUUAAAACAGGUCUCAAAAGAAGUGGUUCCCAAACAUCACUCCAUUCAAUUAGAAGAGCUGGCACUCCCAUCCCCAAAACUAAAAACAGUGCAGAUUCCAAAGCCAAGCAGGAACAACAAUCUCAAGCUCAAUGGGACUCAACUGAUGUUCUCUAUGACGUUUCAAAAGCAUUGAUCACUUGUAUAUUCUACAUCCUAUCCCAAAUACCCUAUAAGGAAAUAGAAUACCUUUUGAAUUAUAUAAUACCCUCGUCAAUAGUCAAUAUCCCAUAUGACAAAGCCAUACCUGGGACUUUCAUAGAUGAAGGUCGUACCGAAAUACUAAUCCAAGAGUUAAUGAAAAGUCAAGCACGAUUCGCUACCAAUAUGAAGGCAGGUUCAGAAAGUAUUUGGAAAUUAUUUGGAGCAGUAUUGGAGAAUUUCCCAUAUAAGGAAUUACACAAACUCAGGAGAAAAGAAUUAGAAGAUACGUUUUGGAACCUUUGUGAAUGUUUUCAUUAUGUUGAGUCUACACUAUUUGAAGAUUGCGAAACUUUUGAUGCGUGUGAGAUUUCGUUUGUCUAUUUGAGGUGGGCAAAGGGGAUAUCUUCCUGUUAUGAUGUACUUGUUCGGAAUGUUCCUGAGUUUGCUAAGUUGUACGAUAUGCCUAAAGGAGGUCUCAAGAAUAAGAGAACUGAUAGUUAUUAUUCCCUUAAGGCAUUCUUAGAGAUGAUAAUAGCUUAUCCUUCACAGAUCCGUAAUCAUCUUAUUGCUAUCCGUGAUUCAAUUGAUGAGACAUAUGUACCUGCUGAGUUACCAUUGGCGAUUAUUGAAGUUGGAAAAUUGGUCAAGACUUGUUCUAAGGUUGAUUAUUUCGUAUCGGGAGAUCCAUCAGUGCUUGUAUUUGAUUGGCAAAGUAUUUCAACAUAUACCAGUGCGCUGAAUUAUCAAGAGAGCCCUCAAUCAACAUUCAGAAGACGAAGUUCAUUUUCAUCUAUUAAUUCAGCCGUGCUGAUUCCUAGUGUCAUGUCCGUCGAAACCGAUGUUUCAGAUUUCACAACUACCCCACUGAGAAGUUCCUUACACAGGGGCCGCAGUAGAUCAAUUUCAUCGUUUACUUCAGAUAGAGUGUUAGGAACAUCCAAUCCAUACUCCUAUAAACCAAGUGCCGAAGAAUAUUUACAACUGAGAGAUAGCUUUAAACUUACCCGUAAAGGUAGUCAUACGUAUUCAAUUUCAUCAUCUAGGGGACAACCACAACUGAGACGGAGUAGUCUUCGAUCCACAAGGUCAAGAAGUUCAAGUCGGUAUCCCGAUGAUAGUUAUGAUGAACUACAUUAUGAUAAUCAGAAUUCACUUUCUUCAAUGUUGGAUAGGAAUACUAGAAAGGCAUCCCAGGGUACUACCUAUACUCAACAUACUUUGAUUGGGGAGCCUUAUUCUGUGAAUGAGUUGUGGAAUUGUCAACCAGAGUCAUAUUGGAAUUUUGACGCUGGAAAUAAAGGUACAACUACAAAUCCUCAACAAUCUAAUAUAGUAGUGAACGGAGUCUCAUGUUCUUGUACAAUUUGGGGAGAGUUUGAAGGGAUUAGGAAAAGAUAUGCAAUUGUGGCUAAUUGGAAUGCAGUUUAUGUUUCUGGAGAUCGGGAGAUGUGGCGCAAAAUACUUCAUUUCAAUGCUACAACUGUUCAAAUGAAGCUCUUGGGGAAUAUUUUGGUACUUCAGACAGAUAAAAAUUUAACUUUGUAUUCAGUUCAACAAUUAAUUGAUAGAUAUCAUGGAGUUCCCAAAAUCAAUGCCUGUCAUAUUUCUAAAAAAGCCGGAUUCUUUUCUACUGGGGUAUUCAAUGGGAAACAAGUUGUUAUAUUUGGAAAGAAGAAGUUUUCAUUUAAGGGGUCGAAUGGUACGAAAUUCCGAGUUUUACAUCCUAUUUAUUCCCAAGAGAAGAGAUCUUGGGAUGUUAGAAGAUUGCAAGAAUUCUCGAUGCCUACUGAAUGUUGUGGUAUUCAUAGCUGGCAAGAUGAUUAUACUGUAUACACCAAACAUCAAUUCUAUAAUCAUGGAAAAGUUUUCAAUUUUUAUCCUAUACAAAUUCCAUAUAAACCAGAUAGUGUAAAUCUUAAGAUUCUGGAGCAUAAGGCAAAACCACUUGGUGAUUUCAAAUUACAUAACAAGAACAACGAAUAUUUGUUUGUGUAUGAUUCAUAUGCUGUUUUUGUACAUGAUAGAAGCAAGAUUUGCAGUGAUAAAUAUAUCCCUUUCGAAUCAAAACUUAAGAGUGUAAUUCAAAGAGAUGGAUUCUUUUUGUUUAUUUCAACAGAUAAGAUUGAUGUUGGUAUUGUUAGUUCUAGUAGUAGGCAGACAUUUAAAAAGGUUCAAGUGAUUGAGAAAAGGUAUAUUACGGUACUAGAUGAAGAACAAUUGAUAUUUAGAAGCGGUAAAGAAAUUUUCCAAUUGAAAUUAAAUUAUGAUAAAUCUUAUGUAUAG